AUGAUGUAUGUUAUUAAAAGAGACGGCAGCAAAGAAAGUGUUCAUUUUGACAAGAUCACAUCUCGCAUUGCCAAAUUAUGUUAUGGAUUGAACGAAGAAUUUGUGAUUCCUGCUCAAAUCUCACAAAAGGUAGUGUCUGGCGUCUAUCAGGGCAUCACGACCGUGGAAUUGGACAACCUUGCUGCAGAGACCGCUGCCUACAUGACCACCAGCCAUCCUGAUUUUGCUGUAUUGGCAGCUCGUAUUGUCAUUUCCAACCUUCAAAAGGAGACAGACGCCAAAUUCAGUACUGUCAUUGAAAAGCUGUAUCAUCACGUACAUCCCAAGCUCAAGCAACCCAAUCCUCUCAUUUCUCAAGCGUUGUAUGAUGUCGUAAAGGCCAAUGCAGACAAGAUUGAUGCUGCUAUUGUGGAUGAUAGAGACUUUUCGUUCAACUUCUUUGGUUUCAAGACACUGGAGCGUAGUUAUCUGUUCAAAAUCAACGACAAGAUUGUGGAGCGUCCUCAAUACAUGAUCAUGCGUGUAGCUCUAGGCAUUCAUGGCGAUGAUUUGGAGAGUGCGUUCAAGACGUACGAUCUCAUGUCCUCCAAGUACUUUACGCAUGCCACACCUACCUUGUUCAACGCUGGUACUCCCAAACCUCAACUGUCAAGCUGUUUCUUGGUCCAGAUGCGUGAUGAUAGCAUUGAAGGCAUCUACGAUACAUUGGCUACAUGUGCUCGUAUCUCCAAAGCUGCUGGCGGUGUAGGUGUUGCCUUCCAAAAGAUCCGUGGCUCUGGAUCUUACAUUGCUGGCACCAAUGGUACUUCUAACGGCAUUGUACCUAUGCUUCGUGUGUUCAACGAUACAGCUCGUUUUGUUACCCAAGGUGGUGGAAAGCGCAAUGGUAAUUUCGCCAUGUACCUAGAACCCUGGCACGUGGACGUCUUUGACUUUUUGGAAUUGAGAAAGAACAACGGCGUUGAAGAAAUGCGUGCGCGUGAUUUAUUCUUGGGCUUGUGGGUACCUGAUCUCUUUAUGCAACGUGUAGAGGAGAAUGGUCAAUGGUCUCUUUUCUGCCCCAAUGAAGCGCCUGGUUUGACUCAAGUGUAUGGUGAAAAGUUCAACGCUCUCUACCUGCAAUAUGAAGCAGAAGGCAGAGCCAAGAGAACAAUCGAUGCUCAGAAGCUUUGGUUUGCCAUUUUGGAAGCACAGAUUGAGACUGGUAUGCCUUACAUGCUCUAUAAAGACGCAUGUAACGAAAAGUCAAAUCAAAAGAACUUGGGCACCAUUUCCUCGUCCAACCUUUGUACAGAGAUCAUCGAAUACACUGCUCCUGACGAAGUUGCCGUCUGUAACUUGGCCUCGCUCGCUUUGCCCAAGUUUGUCGAUCCAGAAACCAAAACCUUUGACUUUGCAAAACUUCAUGAAGUCGCCAAGGUUGUUACCAAGAACUUGAACAAGGUGAUUGAUGUCAAUUACUAUCCUGUUGAAGAAGCGCGUACAAGUAACAUGAGACACCGACCUAUCGGUCUUGGUGUACAAGGUCUUGCUGAUGCAUUCAUCUUGAUGGGCUAUCCAUUUGACUCUCCUGAAGCUGGUCAACUGAACAAGGACAUCUUUGAAGGCAUCUACUAUGCUGCUUUAGAAGCCUCGUGUGAGAUUGCUAAAGAAGUUGGGCCCUACGAAACAUAUGAAGGCUCACCCGUAAGUCAAGGUUUGCUUCAACACGAUCUUUGGAAAGUGGAAGGAUCAGAUCGCUUUGACUGGCCCACCUUGAGAGCCAACAUCAAAAAGUAUGGUAUCCGUAACUCACUCCUACUUGCGCCCAUGCCCACUGCCAGUACCAGCCAGAUUUUGGGCAACAAUGAGUGCUUUGAACCUUACACUAGCAACAUUUACACACGUCGUGUACAAAGCGGUGAAUUCCAAGUCGUCAAUCAAUACCUGUUGAAUGAUCUAGUCAAACUUGGCCUCUGGAACGACAAUGUCAAAAACAUGAUGAUUGCGCAUGGUGGUAGUAUUCAAAACAUUCCCAACAUCCCUGACGAUUUGAAGAAGCUCUACAAGACCGUAUGGGAGAUCUCUCAACGCACCAUCAUUGACAUGGCUGCGGACAGAGCUGCUUUCAUUGAUCAAUCUCAAUCCAUGAAUCUGUUCUCUGCGGAACCCAACUAUGGUAAAUUGACCUCAAUGCAUUUCUAUGCCUGGAAAAAGGGGUUGAAAACUGGCAUGUAUUACCUUAGAUCAAGACCUGCUGUCGAGGCCAUCAAGUUUACUGUGGAUCAGUUGGCUCUCAAGAACAUGUCUUUGAAUGAAAACCUAACAGAACAAGACGAGGCAGAGGAACAAAAAAGACUUGCUCAGUUGCAAUGUUCCAUAGAUAAUCAAGAUGCCUGUCUUAUGUGCAGUGGAUAA